AGCUGCAACAAUGGCGCCCAAGACGAGCGUUCCCACCCAGAACGACAUCCUCGUCCCCGAGACGCUCCUCAAGAAGAGGAAGUCCCAGGAGAAGGCCCGCGAGGAUCGCGCCGCGGCGACCAAGGAGAGAAGAGAGAAGAACAAGAAGAAGAGGGAGACCAUCUUCACCCGCGCGGAGAAGUACGUCAAGGAGUACCGCGACGCUGAGAGGGAGAAGAUCAGGCUUGCGCGCGAGGCCAAGCAGAAUGGCGACCUCUACGUUCCCGCUCAGCCCAAGCUCGCCUUCGUCAUCCGCAUCAAGGGUAUCAACAAGAUUGACCCCAAGAAACGGAAGACGCUGCAGCUCCUCCGUCUUCUCCAGAUCAACAAUGGUGUCUUCAUCAAGUUGACCAAGGCCACCUCGGAGAUGCUGAAGAUCGUCGAGCCCUACAUUGCUUAUGGCUACCCCAACCAGAAGUCCGUCCGUGAGCUCAUCUACAAGCGCGGUUAUGGCAAGGUCGACAAGCAGCGGAUCCCGCUGACUGACAACGAAAUCAUUGAGCAGCAGCUCGGCAAAUACGGUAUCAUUUGCGUUGAGGAUUUGAUUCACGAGAUCUACACUGUUGGACCCAACUUCAAGCAGGCGUCCAACUUCCUCUGGCCCUUCAAGCUCAGCAACCCGACUGGCGGCUUCCGGCCGAGGAAGUUCAAGCACUUCGUCGAGGGGGGUGACCUGGGCAACCGCGAGGAGCACAUCAACAAGCUCAUCAAGCAGAUGAACUAAAACGUGCACGUGGGGUAAGGGAUUGGGGGAAAGCGGGAGUGCGGCAUUACGACAAAGCGAUCCCAUCUGAGGGACAUGGGGACAGGUUUCCGGAAAAUAGCAUGGGGACACUUGGUCUCACCCAAUGGUGUUCCGGAGUCCAAAAAUGGAAAGAAAGCCAUUUACAACGUCAUCACGUGCAGAUGUGCAUCAAUGUUCCUCAAAUAUCGUGGUGUUUGAUUGAAGGGGGGUUUCGGAUAGUGAAGGGGAAUUAAUUGC